UUUUGGUUUUUGUUUUUCUUUCUAUAAUUUUUUGUUAUUCUUUCAGAUUAUCCUAUAAUUUAUUUUUGACCUUGUUUUUUACUGUAUAGUCAUUUUUUACUUUCAAAGACGAAGUUUAUUCGCGCAACUGAAGUGUUAAGAAAAGUUCAAGUUAAUAUCACCUGCAAGAUAUUCUAGCAAACAAGAGACACAUGAAUAAGAAAAAAUUUCGCAGGAAACAGCACGCGUCAUAUUAUUAUUAUAGUCACCAUCAACUUCGUGUUGUAUCAAGCAAUAGCAAGCUGCAAUUGCUAUCACUUUUACAGCGUAACAUGCGUCACCUUAUAAAAUAUUUCAGAGAUGAAGAAAUUGAUAGUACAGAAAUAGUCUGACGUUAGUGAAAUGAUAAAUUGAUAAUGACGAUUUCAGACAUUCUAUAAUUUUGAGUUAUCUGUUUCGCGACUUGUAUGCUAAAGAAUCAAUAAUCUGCGUGCCACGUUUCAUUUUGUUGUAGUUGUCUAUUUUCUUUUUCGAGAUCCAGACACAAAUAAUCAUGUUAGAGAAUUUUCUACGAGAAUACAAUAUCAAUCGGAUAUUGUUGUCGAUCACAGGUCUCUGGCCGUAUCAGCAUAAGCUCGUGAGAAAUUUAUUAUGGAUGUUUUGUUUUUUGCUCGAAAUAAGUUAUUAUCCAUUCGAGAUAUUACUAUUGUAUGAUCAUCCAAACGAUGCACAAUUGAUUUUUGAAGGCUGUUAUCAAAUUUUAAUCUUGACUAUUUUUCUCAUAAGACAUAUAAAUGUGGUUUUGCAAAAGGAUAAAAUGCAAUGGAUGUACGAAGCUAUUGACGAACAUUGGAAUAUAUUUACAGACGAUAUAGAAAUUCGAAUUAUGAAAGAAUAUUCUAUGCUGUCGCGAAAAUUUGUAAAAUAUUAUUCAAUUUUAUUUUUUUCUUCGUUGUCGAUGGUUAUAAUAGCGCCGUUAACACCGAUAUUCUUAGACAUUUUUAUGCCUCUUAAUAAAUCUCGUCCACGAUUCUUUGCGGCGGAAGUCGAAUUCAGGGUGAAUAAAGAAGAAUACUUUCUACCAAUUUUUUGUUAUACUACUGUUAUAAUUGUGGUGGGAUCAUUCAUUGCGUUAGGCUUUGAUGCAAUGCAUAUAACGUUUGCUGCUCAUGCAUGUAGUUUAUUUGUGGUUGUCAGAUUAUUCAUGUAAUAGAUCAAUUGGGAACAUUAAUAAAGUUUGUACUUAUAUUCGGAACAACAUUAUUUUGUCUGAUGAUCCCAUGUUACUCUGGUCAGAAAUUAAUAGAUGAAAGUCAGACUAUCUUUUAUGGAGCGUAAUAUUUAUUUUAUACUUUAACACACGUAUUUGAGUUUAUAAAACUUUUCUUUCAACAAAA